UGUACCGUCACGCCCUGCUCUCCCCGCCCUCAUAGAGCCAUAGAGAUGACCCGCCCGCGCAGAUAGAGCGUCCGUUCCAAGAAGCGGGCGGGGGCCCAAGGUUAUCGGCGUAGAGCCGAGCCGCGCUUCCUCCCCGACCAUAGAGGAGUUGGACAGAGCGUCUCCCAGCCAGGCCAUAGAGUGGCUGCCGGCUGUCGCCGGCUCGGGGGCAUCUCGCCAUUUUAGAGGAGAGAGGCGGAGGCCGAGGCCGAGGCCAGGUAGUGGGGGAACUGGGUCCCUGGGGGUGUCUGCGGCGGCCGCGGAGCCUGGGGCCGGGCCGGCGCCCCGUUGGCGUUAGCGGGCGACUGUGAAGCUGCUGUGCCCGGGGUCAGGUGCAGAGCUACCAUGGGAAACACCACCAGUGAUCGAUUGUCUGGGGAACGCCAUGGCUCCAAAUCUCACCGCUCCGAUGGAGCCAGUAGCACCCAUUCCACGAAGGAUCAUCCCCACAAGAUCAUGGUGGGCAGCACUGAUGACCCCAAUGUUUUCAGCACCCUUGACUCCAAGCUUGCUGGGGAGAAGGAGUUUAUGUCAUGGCAGCAUGAUCUGGAAGAGUCAGUAAAGCCUUCACAGCAGGCUCGUCCCACUGUCAUACGCUGGGCUGAUGGAGGCAAGGAGGUCUUCAUCUCUGGGUCUUUCAACAACUGGAGUGCCAAGAUCCCACUCAUCAAAAGCCACAAUGACUUUGUUGCUAUUCUGGACCUGCCCGAGGGCGAGCACCAAUACAAGUUUUUUGUGGAUGGCCAGUGGGUUCAUGACCCUUCCGAGCCUGUGGUCACCAGCCAAAUGGGCACCAUUAACAAUCUGAUUCACGUCAAGAAGUCUGACUUCGAAGUAUUUGAUGCAUUAAAGGUGGAUUCUCUGGAGAGCUCAGAGACUUCAUGUCGAGACCUGUCUAGCUCCCCGCCAGGACUCUAUGGCCAGGAAAUGUAUGUGUAUCGACCGGAGGAGCGCUUCAAAUCUCCACCCAUCCUCCCUCCUCAUCUCCUCCAAGUCAUUCUCAACAAGGACACCAACAUCUCUUGUGACCCAGCUCUUCUACCGGAGCCCAACCAUGUCAUGCUCAACCACCUCUAUGCACUCUCCAUUAAGGGUGUUGUGAUGUGUGGCCCGGAAGUCUACACAGCAAUGAAAUGGAUGCGCAGCCUGAGCUGGCUACAACGGGCCAGCCGCGGGUUUGUCUUUGCUGUGUAAACAUACCCCAGAGCUCCUCUUCAGGUCUGGGAAAGGACGGCGUGAUGGUGCUCAGUGCCACUCACCGCUACAAGAAGAAGUAUGUCACCACUCUGCUGUACAAGCCCAUCUGAUCGUGUGUCUCGCCGCGUAGCGCACACAAGGAAUGCCAUGUUGUCUGCACGCAGUGGGCCACAGGCCUAAGAACAACUGGUGGUUGGCUCUAGCUGAACCUGGCAGGGGUGGAAGGGGAUGAGCCCAGCCCUGUUGGAUGUCUGAGCUAUUCCCUCUGUAUUCUGUUGGUGAGAUUUGAUUUCACCCUUUCGUACCCUACCUCUGUCGGGUCCUCUGGCUUUUCUGAGUUCCCUGGCUUGGUCUACUGCCUGCCAGCUUGGCUCCCCAUGGGGGAGUCACAGCAGGGAAGGAGCUGUCGGAAGCUCUUCCCCAGCCCCUCUGCCUGCCAGUUCCUCCGGCGGUUGCCUGCGGUGGGGCAGAGCCAUGUCACUCUCCCUUUGCACCCCGUGCCAAGGCCCUCUAGAAUGGCCUGCUUCAGGGCAGAGUGCAGGGGUGUGUGUGCACCUGAGCUCUGCAGGCCUGGGCUGGCUUCUUACCUCCCUGCACUUAGCUAAUGGGACUGGAAUGUGCACAUGGCUCCCCUGAGCAGAGACCAGGGUGAGAGAGAGAGAGACACACACACUCUCUCUCCUUCCCCCCCCCCCCGCCUGCAUUGGAGGGUUAGACCCAACCGCCGCCCCACACACACACUGUCCUGCCCACCUCAGGCAUCGCCAUCCCCAACAUUCAGCUCUCGAGCUGUGGGCCUAGGCCCCAGAACGCUGAGCCUUGACUUCUGUGGGGCCAAGAGGUGGGAGUUUCCCAGGUUUAGGCCAUAGCAGAAUGGCUCUGUGUUGCCCUCCCCAGGCCAGUGCAGCAUAGGAACUGCUGCUGUGAUGCAGCAAUUAGCGCCCCUACCCAUCUGAGAGGAAGAGCCUGAGCUGCUGAGAUGUUUGUCACAUGGAGCCUGCCUGCUCUCUCUCCUGCUGACGGCCUGCUUCAGCGCCUGUGGGGGGCAAGGGAAAGGCUCCUGUCACGUCCGUGGCCCUUGCACCAGCUCUCACCAGUCUGGGUAUGUUGUGGGAAGAACUGCAGUGCUAGUGUACCCAGCAGCUGCCAGGGCUGCUCUGUCUGUGCAGGGGGCUCUCACAUGCACUGGGGUUCUUGGCCUGGAAGCUGAUCUCACUGUCAUCCCAACAGUCUCCUGCCCCAUUGCACUGAAGUGGCUGGUUCUGUCUUGGCUAAGAGCUUUCAGGGUCCCAGUGCAGCCUUCUCUCACUCCUCAGUGCAAGGUUCUGCCAUUGCCUCAGGCUGGGCUCCGCAGAGCUCACUGGCUCUGCAGCCCUUCUUUCUGGGGGAGCACUAGUGGCUGAGUACAGCCUCCCUGGAUCACGUGUCCUGAGGAAUGUUUAGUGAGUGCCAUUGUCACAAGCCCUUUGGGCUAAGCCUCUGCCAGGUUCAGCUCUUAGCUGGCGGGUGGGGAGGGGGCAUUGCCAUUGUAUGCAAUUGCACUUUACCAGUCACAAGGAGAGCACUGGCUCCUAGUCCUGCUGGAGUGCCUCCAGGGGCGGGGGUUGCUUUGUGUGAUGGCGAGAUGAACAUGGCUGUGCAUGCUCCGCUGGACCCUGGAAGGGCUGCAGAUGCCCAGAGCUGAGCAGCCAGCUGCCUGGGUGGGAGACCAAGCUGGACAAGCAGCAGCAGCUUCUGCCUAGCCCAGUCAAACCAGGGUGCUCACUGCCCAAGAGGGAAACUUCUGCUUCGAGGUGAAAAGGAGACAGGGCCAAGCCAGUCCUUCUGCGGCGGCUGCCUCUUCCCUGUCAUCUUCCCCUGUUAGCGCGGGGAGGACUUGGCACUCAGGGCUCGCUGACAGGUCAGCCUGGCACUGCUCCAGUGCUGGGAAGGGCAGGCACUGGCUCCAGGCUAUGGAUUUAUUAUUGCUUUCUGUGCUGCAGGGCCUGGCUGGAGCUAUUAGCAUGACACGCACAGCAGAGGCUCCUGCCGUUGUUAGGGCUGCUUCCUCUAGCAUGUACGAGAGAUGCCGGCUGCCUCAGACCAGGCCAAGAGCCAGAGGGUCAGCUUGCUCCCUGGUAACCACCCCUGUGAGCACCUGUCAGCUGCAGGGAGCAGAGGGCCAAGCUGAGGCAAUGCUGCCAAGCAGUAUGGGACUGCUGCCUUAAAGCAGAAAGCCUCCAGUCUGGGUGCUGUGGCCACUUACCUGCCUGCCUGGUGAGUGUGGCUCUGCAGCGAGGCAUUGGGGCUCGGCUAAAGGAAAGGGCUUGGACCAGGACAUGCUGGGCACUAGCUCCCAGUGCCAGCCCCUCAGUCCCCGGUCCUGGAAGCAUGGUGGUGAAGAGGGGCAGGUCUCCUGGUGCUUGGGUCACACACCCAGGAGAGCUCAGCCUACCAUGAGGGGGAAGCAGCUGAGCCCCUUGUCCUGGCCCAGGGCCGUAGCCUAGCAAAGGAAUGCAGUGAGUGGAUCACAGCGUACUGCAUGGUUUGGGGCUGCACUUCAGUUCCCUGCAUGCUGCGCAGGGCUGGUGGAAUCCCCAGCAUUGAGCUGAAGGCAUCCACUGGUCCCUGUCCUGCUCUGCAGAAGCAGCAGGUGCAAAAGCCCCAGGAAGCCCUGCUGGUUCUGCUGUUGGUGCCUGUGCUGUAGCUCACGGCUGCGCUCUCCCACGGGAGCUGCAGCAGAUGCACAGGGCUAGUGAUGCUGUAGGGGGUGAGGUUAGCCUCAGCCAGCCCUUUCUACUAACAGCCCGCACAGCUGUUUACUGCUGAACACAAUGGCUGUGGUGAGGGGGUUCUUGGACCUGGGGGCUCUCACGUGCCCUGGGUCAGCACUGAGGCAAGGGCAGCUCCUUGCUGCUGGUCCUGGGAUGGGGGUAGAGGCCUGGAUUUGGGGUAGGAGGGGCACUACAGGUGCCAGGGUCCCUUGCUGAUUUGAUGUAAAGCCAGGCUAAGGCUUUGGCCCAAGCAAUGUGACUAAUAAAGUUUGUUACAGAG